AUGCGAAUUCCACCCGCCAGUGUCCUGGCGACAUGGCCCACGCCUAACUAUGUCGACCCUGUGACUCGUGGAAACUAUGUGCUUAUCGUGAGCGUUGUCCUCCUCAGCGUCGCAUUCGUUGUCACCUGCCUCCGCCUCUAUACGCGUUUGAGGAUAACCUGCACCUUCGGUUUCGAUGACAUUCUCAUCAUUUGGGCCCUUGCUUUCGCAAUUGGAAUGUGCGCUGUAACAUCUAUAGCAACUGAAAACUACGGUUGGACCCGACACAUCUGGGAUAUUCCACCUUCUUGGCUGCCAGCUGUCAACAAACUCAACCUGGCAUUCCAAAUGCUCUUCUCCUUGUCUUCCAGUAUCACAAAGCUUUCUUUGUUGUGGUUCUGCAAGCGUUUACUUGGAGCCGGAAGCAAAGGCCUAUAUUCCUCUUACAAUAUUGUGCUGAUCAUUGGCAUGGUCAUCGUGCUAAUAUGCUGUCUUCUAUUUCUCUUCAUCUCCAUCUUCCAAUGCUCGCCUAUACGCGCAUACUGGGAAGUGGCACCCACAUACCCCUUCCAUUGCCUCAACGACGGUGCUGCUGUGUUCUCAGCCAGUGUCGUGAACAUUUUUACUGAUUUCCUCACCACCGUUCUCCCAAUGCCAUUGAUCUGGAAUCUGAAGAUGCCUGCUCGACAGCGAGUUGCUGUUAUCUCAAUCUUUGGAUUGGGAAUCGUGGUUAAUGUGGCUGGCUCCAUCCGGACAGUUUACGUCUGGAAGAGCAUGGUGGCUUCAUAUGAUACUACUUGGGUGGGCUGGCCUGUCCUUCUCGCUGCUUCAAUAGAGAUCAGCAUGGGCUUGAUCUGCGCUUCUGCCCCUGCGUUGAGGCCCCUUGUCACCUUCUUUUUGCCCCGUCUUCUCCAGUCCAGUCGCCGCUAUGCAUCAUCUUACAGCCGGAAGAGCCUCCCACCAAAGGGAUGGUCUUCGAGCGCGCCUACCAAAGAAUCAAGAAUUGAAGAUCGACAAUAUGGCUAUCAAGGCGACACCAAUGUCGAUCGGUUCGAGGUUUUGCGUACGGUGGAGAUGGAGACUUGGUCUGAGAUCAAGAAGCCUGGGCAUGCCGACAGCAACCAGCCCUCGUCAAUAUCGAACCAUAUGCGGGUUGCAACACCUACACAUCACGUGGAAUUGAAGAACCACGGUGUGGUCUACACGUCGCCUGGUAGCGACAAGUCUACUGCUUCCCUUACUCGAGAUUUAAACUCAAACACCGAACGAUCGACGACUGACCGGUCGACAAUUGAUGAUAAGAACUUCUUCUAG